AUUAGCUUUUGAAUGUCUGUCGUUGCGGUUUAUUAAUUGUCCUUAUUGUUGAUAUGAAGGCUGAAUAUUAGACAGUAAAUAUAUCGGGUAAAUUCAAGCCUAUUAUAUCACUGAAAUCGUAGAAUUUAGUCAUCGAUACGCAAUCUUUGACCUUUUGGUAAUAGCACGAACCUCAAACAAAGAAAAAAUUUUGUCUUUAAAAACUCCAAAAUCCAUAGUGAAAUUAUCAGAAGAUUAAAAAUGAAUGAGAAGAAGGGACGUUUUCAGGGUGUUGCCCUUAAAAUUUUAGCUAAAAUAAUGACGGAGGACAAGUCUGAAGAUAAUUAUCAGGAUGAAGAAACAAAAUUAACUGCUAGAAGUAAGACUAAAAUGGAUUGGUCACCUAGAAGGAUAAAGCGUAGUUCAGAUUUCCGAACUGUAGUUAAAUUAGCAAGUAUGAAACAUUUAAACAAAGUUAUUAAUGGAGCAAGGCCUCGUGAUGUACUCGUUGAAGAUCACACACCCAAGUUACCUGAAAAACCUAGGUUUAGUGCUACCCUAUCUCCUGAGGCUCAAUAUGCAACUCUUCAAUGUUACGAGGAUGCUCUUAAAGAAAAAAUAAAGAAAAACGAGAAUAAUCAGACGUAG